GGACCUUCUGAGCCAUGAGGCCACCAAGGUCACCGCGGUCACUGUGGCCACCAAGACCUUCUGAGCCACCAGGCCACCAAGGUCACCGAGGUCACCAAGGUCACCGAGGUCACUGCGGCCACUGGGACCUUCUGAGCCAUGAGGCCACCAAGGCCACCAAGGUCACUGUGGCCACCAAGGUCACCGAGGCCACCAUGGCCACCAAGGCCACCAUGGCCACUGUGGUCACCAAUGCCACCAUGGCCACCAAGGUCACCAUGGUCACUGUGGCCAUUAACGCCACUGUAGCUACAAUGGCCACCAAGGCCACCACAGCCACCAAGGCCACCAUGGCCACCAUGGCCACUGUAGCCACCAAGGCCACCAUGGCCACCAAGGCUACCAAGGCCACCAUGGCCACCGUGGCCACCAUGGCCACCAAGGCCACCAUGGCCACCAUGGCCACCAUGGCCACCAAGGCCACCAAGGCCACCAUGGCCACCGUGGCCACCAUGGUCACCAUGGCCACUGAAGCCACUGUGGCCACCAAGGCCACCAUGGUCCCCAAGGCCACCAUGGCCACCAUGGCCACCAAGGCCACCAAGGCCACCAUGGCCCCCAUGGCCACCAAGGCCACCAAGGCCACCAUGGCCACCAUGGCCACCAUGGCCACCAAGGCCACCAUGGCCACCAUGGUCACCAUGGUCACUCAGGCCACCAUGGUCACCAUGGCCACUGAAGCCACUGUGGCCACCAAGGCCACCAAGGCCACCAAGGCCACCAAGGCCACCGUGGCCACCAUGGUCACUCAGGCCACCAUGGCCACCAUGGCCACCAAGGCCACCGUGGCCACCGUGGCCACCAUGGCCACCAUGGCCAGGACAAGGGGACAGAGCCAUGGUUGCCACCAGGAGCGGGGACAGGACAGGGGGUGGUGGCCGCGGUUCUUCGCUUUUGGGGAUUUUUUGUGUCCCUUUCCCGAUAAUUUUAAUUCUCUAAAUUCUAAAUUUUAAUUCUUUAAAUUUUAAUAAUUUAAUUUCCCGAUAAUUAAACUGGAUUUGCCUCAAUCAAAAAA